UUUAGUUACCAAAAGGUGAUAACACGAGUCAUCAACUCACGUGUAGUGAAAUUUUUGAAUCUGAAUUGAAAAUUUUGAAUUUCUCGGUUUAGUUAGCGGAUUAAUUUCUGCACUUGAUGAUUGAUUAUUUCCCAAACUGCACAAAUGAGUACUAGUGACGAUAACAGCAUUCAUACCGACGAUGGACAAUCUUCGCUUAAGAAAAAGAACAAGAAAGGAAUCGUAUAUCUAUCAACGUUACCCAUAAAUAUGAAUGUUACCAAACUUCGUGAGAUAAUGGAGAAUUUUGGACAAGUUGGUCGAAUUUAUCUACAGCCACAGUUCAACAAAAAAAAAGAAAAGAAACCAGCCAAACAGUUCUCCGAAGGAUGGGUUGAAUUUGAAAAGAAAAGAGUUGCUAAAGAAGUAGCCCGUGGUUUGAAUAAUAAAAAAAUCGAAUCCAGGAAGAAAAGUCGGCUGUACGAUUACAUCUGGAACAUUAAAUAUUUAUCCAAAUUCAAGUGGGUUCACCUGAGUGAACGUGUAGCUUAUGAACGAGCUGUUAGAAAACAACGCAUGAGAAUGGAAAUAUCGCAAGCGAAACGAGAAGCAGCAGAUUUCGCUUCCAAAGUAGAUCUCAGUAACAAGAUUAAAGCUAAAUCAAAGAAAGAAGACUCGCAAAUUACGUUCAAAUUGCCUUCAAAAUUACCUGCUCAAAAGCACACCGAAGAAUAUUACGUGGAGAAAAGAAAGAAGAAAGGUUUGAAAGAUAGGCAAGACGACGGAAUUGAAUUAUUAAAAUCGUUAUUCUCGUGAACAUCAAAUGAGUAAAAAAACACGAAGAAAAUAUAUUUCAAAAUGACAGGUCGUAUGACUAAAACACGAUGAGUUCAGGAAACGAAAAAAUAAGAACAAAAAAUAUAUGUAUCCGAAUUUGAGAUCCUAUAUUGAUACUUAUGUAAUUGCGCUGAUGUAGCUACCCAAAUCAAUUAAUAUAAUUUAAUCAAAGAAAAACAUAACUUCUUAAACUUCUUUCAA